AUGGCUCACACGCCAAGGCAAAUGGUCAUCCCUCCGGAACUGCCAGUUAUUCUCAUGCGGUUUACCGAGGAUGCCAUAAGAACCCAGCCGGAGGAUAUUACUGAAUGGGCAGCACUGUACUUCAGAGCUCUGGUCCAGGGAAACCCUCUUCCUGUGAGAGAGGUGCUUCCCAUGACUGAUUCUGUGGACCUCAAACCGGAAAUUCUCGCUGCCAUGCAUGCACAGCUGGGCAUGAUGGACACAGUAAAUAAGCUGGAGGUGGAGAAGGUGUGGCGGAGCUUUGGUCUGGCUGAGGAAGUCCUUGCACACAUCUUUUCUGUCGGCUCUUUUGGUGAAACGCUUGAAUGGAUGAGAUUCUUCGCAAUAAACUGCAGCUACCUAGGAGGGACAUUUAGGAAGGCUAUGGCUCAUGCAUGCUUUAUACUGGGCGGUGACCCGAAAUGCAAGCACUCUGAUGCAUGUUUGCCAUUUGAGAUGUUCCAUGAUCUUUACACCUAUCUGGCAGAGAUGGACCGAGAGGUUUCCCAGGCCCAGGUUGACAUAGCACUUGCGUACCUGGAGGCACAAGCGAAGGCAAAUAAUGGCAUGGUGAAGGUGUCUGAUUUCAUCAACUGUCAUAAAGUGUGUUUGGGAUGA